GAAGAGACUCCAUUCGAUACUUGUUGUUAUUAUCCUGAGCUAACUGUCAACCAGAAAGCUACCUGUUUUAAACCUAAACGGCGAAAUGUCUUCAGACUUUGAAUCCUACGAGCAGGACUUUGGGACCAUUACAGCAGAUGUAACGAACAAAAUUGGAAGAAUUCCCAAACUAAGCGGAGAGGAGAAGACACAGCUGGUUCUAAAUGUCGACAAACAGCUUGAAGAAGUCAGAGAGUUGCUGGAGCAGAUGGACCUGGAGGUGCGGGAGAUCCCCAUCCAGAGCCGAGCCAUGUACAACAGCAGACUGAAGAGCUACAAGCAGGAGGUAGAGAAGCUCGAGAAAGACUUUAAAAGGUCACGUAUUGCCUACAGUGAUGAGGUGCGCAACGAGCUCCUGGGGGAUGACGCCAGCUCCUCGGAGAACCAGUUGAUAAAGUUACGUGAAGAGAGAGCGCAUCUGUUGGACAACACAGAGAAGCUGGAAAGGUCAUCACGGAGACUGGAGGCCGGCUACCAGAUAGCAGUAGAAACUGAACAAGUGGGUCAGGAGAUUCUUUCCAACCUGCACAGUGACCGUGAGAAGAUCCAAAGAGCCAGAGAAAGGCUGAGAGAAACGGACGCCAACCUGGGCAAGAGUUCUCGAAUCCUCACCGGCAUGCUGAGAAGGUAAGAGGCAGGAUCAUCCAGAAUCGCGUCCUGGUCUUCAUCCUCGGAGCCAUCAUCCUCCUCACCAUCAUCCUGGCCAUCUAUUUCAAUCUGAGGGGCCACUGAUCUCCCCUCUGCACACAUACACGCGCACACGAACCCUCACUCCUCCCCUGACACAAAUACAAACACACACACGCGUGAUUAAUAGCGACAAAAGCGUUGUUCUGCUGUAAUUAGGACAAAUGGUCCCCAUGAAUCACUGUUUCCAAAGCCUGACAGGGAGCUUUUUUUUUCCAUCUCUUUCUCCUUUUCCUCUUUUCUGUCCCUCUCUACCUUCUUUGCUCUUCCCUUUCUUCUCCUUUCUUUUCUCCUCUCUCUGUCAGGCUCUCUCAUACAUCUCCAGGGACAAGAGUAAGGGGGGGGAGAUGUUUUUAUGAUAGUUAAUAUUUUUCAUGGUGUCGUCGUCGGCGUGGUUCUGCAGCCCAUCCUGUCCCCAGGUGAACAAGGCCUGGGAGUUUUUUUUGUAACUCAAAGCAGAUUCAGAUAUGUAGAUUAUUUUUUUUCUUGUGACGGAGGUGGGGUCAAGUGUUAUCCAGGAUGUGUGUGCAUGAGAGACAGAGAGAAAGUAAAAAGAAUGCACACAUAGGUAUGCUCGCAUGUGCAUGAGUGACAGUCAUGGAUUUGGGGGAACAAUUGUGUUUGUUAUUAACACCAACCGUAGACACACAAACACACGCUGUAGUAUGUAUGAGCUUCUGUAACUAAAUGAUUCAGCUGUUCUUCAUGUAGCCCCGACAAAGCACAGAGGACAGUGCCUUCAGAUAAGAUAUGCUGUUCACACUCCUCCUUUAAAAAGCUCAGCAGAGCCCAAAAAUAGACAAGUGGCGCUGCCUUGAAAAGAGAGGAUGCACAUCACAAAAAAAAAAAAAACAGGUUGAGGUCAGUUCAGCUUCAGUUCAGUCAAUCAAGGUGAAAAGGUUUGUUUGUUUUCAAUUACAGUGAUCCGUAAAGUAUACAUGUACAUUUCAAAAAAGUUUGAGAUUCUAAAAAUGAAUUAAAGCAACUAUUUAAAUAUGUUUUACUCCAAAAAGGGAGCUGGCCCCAACCUUAGAGCAUACAAUACAUAACUACACUGCAGAGAAAUGGUUCUUCACGCAUUAUCCCCUGGCUUUAAUAGUGGUACAAUCCCCCCGCACCUCCCAAACACAGUUUUCACAACUCAUUUCCGCAGACUUUUUAAUGCAUCUGUCAUUGUGGGAACUUCUAGGCGUCAUACUGUAUGUACUAACAUUUAAAUCUACAUCAUGUAUAGUGUUUUGCUCUCAAUACAAGUGAUUCUGUUAUUACUAUUUAUUUAUAAAUGCAGAUGAGUUUUCAAUUAACCGUGUUAGGACUGUAUAUUUUAUAAAAAAGUAUUCAGAAACAUUAACAGCAUUUUAUCUUGAUUUUUCGAGUGUUCGGUGAUUAGUCUAUAAAACGCAGAGUGCACACCAGGACCAACUGAAAUGUGUGGAUUUCAAGUUUCGUGUCUUAUAAAUGUUUUUUCUUCUUCUUCUGUUCUUAUAAAUGGAUCUAAGUUGUUUUAGAACUGGCACUUUUUUGUUCUAUAUUUUUUUUCUUGUCAAGUUCUGAAGACUGUGACACAGUCCUUGUUUCUGUGUUUAUCUGUACGCUGACUUAUGUUGUGAUACAUUUGCAGGUGUUUGAAAAAAAGAAAAAGAGAAACAUG